CCUGUGUCUCGUGUUAAACUUCUGACUCACGCGGCACUCAGGGCAUUUUUACGGCGUCUCUCAAGGACAAGGGCCGAGGCGUGGACAGGAUCUGUGUUUAGAUCCUUAAACUAUCCUUAAUUCUGUUCAAAUCACAGGGUUUAGCCACAAAAAAGUCCAUCAGAGAAACUCGGGGAGAGCAGCAACUUCAGCCCGGACUGCAGCGUCUGCGCAGCGGCGAGGCGCUCACCACACUCCGCCAGAGAAAAAUCAUUUAAAACAGGUUUUAGGUUUAAACUUUUAUAUACAUUUACCGAAAUCCACGUUUUAAGGAAUGCGGCUCUGUGGUGUUUUGUUGGGCGUUUCGUAAAGAAGUCGUAAAGGAAGGAUCAAAGGCCGAGACGUGCAAAAAGUUGAAGCCGAGCUAAAGAGUCUGUGAGCGGCCAAGCGCCCACGGAGCCCCCGCUGACCCAACAAACACUCCAAACUUUACUAUUUUUAACUCCCAACAAAAAUGUCUGCGGGUAUGUUGAGUACGUGUGUGCGCGGGGGUAGUCGCCCGGGCUGGUGGAGAUGGUACCCGGGUGUGAUUGCGCUGGGAGCAGCGCCAUGUAAGCCGAAGACCGCGCACCUUAACCCGGGCCGGUGCAUGGGCACACACGGGGGGAAGGACACGAAGGAGCGCCUAAACUCCCCGAAGAGAGCCAAGGAGUUCAUCUACCGCCUCCACCCUGCAGACAGAGCCUGUCUACUCCGGGAACUGCAAGAGUUUGAGUCGAUGGCCGCGGCUCAAGAAACACAGGAGCUGUCUCCUCCGACCUCUGCACAGAUGCGUUACAUUCUUCUUCACAAUGGAAUCCCCUUUGUUGGUUUUGGAUUUCUGGACAACGCCAUCAUGAUCGCAGCUGGUACGCAGAUCGAAUUGUCCAUUGGAGUGACUCUGGGCAUCUCCACUAUGGCAGCUGCGGCUCUGGGGAACCUGGUGUCUGACCUGGCUGGACUUGGUCUGGCUGGGUAUGUGGAAGCGCUGGUGUCCAGACUCGGGCUGCAGGGUCCAGAUCUGACUCCCAAGCAGGCAGACAUGUGGCAGACGCGACUCAGUGCUCACCUGGGCAAAGCCAUCGGAGUUUGCAUCGGCUGCAUUUUGGGAAUGUUCCCGCUGCUCUUCCUCAGCGAAGACGAUGAAGAUGACAAGACGUCUCACUCCUCCGAAAACAAAAGAACCCAAUGAGCUCUCAGCCAAUCACAGCCUUUCAUUCACAAACGUCUCAGUCAAAUGAGCCAAUCGCAGAGCACGCUUCAAGACUUCAGCUGCUCCUACUGGUCAUCACUCACUCAAGGCUUUUAACCAAUGACAAAGUCCAACACACUUCAUCCUAUUGGUCAGCCCUCCGUUUGAACCAGGACACAGAAUCAAUUACUGUUUUACCACUGAGACAAUCAGGGCUCAGGGUGUAACACUACUCUUCAUAUGAAGCAAACGUAUUGGUGGCAUUUUGGGUUCAGGAAGUAAAAUGUCAGGAGUCUGAAAGUGUGAAAUGGUUGAACUGCUGUGGGGUAACUCAUAACAACGUAACUUAGAAUGAGAUACGGCAAUAUUUAAGAGUUUAUUAUUUAUUAAAAAUUGUCAACAAAGUGUUUGACCUGAGCACUUAAAGAGGGGGUAUUAUGCCCAGUCUUCUCUCUUUUUUAUCUUUCUCCCAUGUUAUAAUAUUUUUCCAUGUUAUAACAUUGGUCCAUGUGGAGGCUCUAACCAAUCAGAGCUUAAGCUUAGCUAGAACGGACAUAGAGCAUAGCUGAAGCUAAUGGUUAAAAAACAUGUUUUUUGAGCUGAGAGAAAGUUUCUGAUCUGAUCUGGUAAAAAUUGCCACAAAAUUUGACCUUUGUGAAAGUCGUAGAUGCCCUGUCGGUCCCUGUCUUUCCCUGUCAGCCCCUGUCGGCCCCUGUCAGCUCCUGUCAGUCCCUGUUGGCCCCUGUCAGUUCCUGUCGGCCCCUGUCAGUCCCUGUCGGUCCCUAUCGGCUCCUGUCAGCCCCUGUCAGCCCCUGUCAGUCUCUGGCAGUUCCUUUCAGCCGAACACAAGCAGUUUGUGAUUACAUUGUGCUUUCUGGGCAGGAGGGAUUUUUUUUUUUGCUGUAGUACUAGCGACUGGCCACUAGUCCAACUCGAGGCGCUCUAAGCAGCAGGACCCUCCAGUGAUUUGAAUAGAUCGAUGGUUGUGAAUGGGGAAUGCAGGGAGCAAAGGGAAAAAUGUUAAAAACCUGUCAAAGUGAAACUUUUUAUAAUUCUUUGUUUUAGGCAGAUUUUUAGGCAGCAUUUUCAGGGAACAUGGGGAUAUAAAUCUGUUAUGUGUUAGCAGUUAAUACCCCAUAGAAAUGUAAUACCCCCUAAGUUUUAAAUUAAUCAUUCAAAAUACAACUCUGAGUAAGUCAAUGAUGAGGGACAACUUUUUAUAAGUCACUUUUACAUAUUGAGUGUUUUUUUCCAUGGGAAAAAAGUUAGAAAUUUGACUUGAACUAGAAAAGCUCAUCCACUGCUGUGUUCCAUCCCUUAUCCAAUCAGCACACAGGAGCGGAACACUACUCCUCUUCUUAUUGGUCAGAUUGAAAUCAUGAAGUUUUUACACAGCUUCUCAGGAGCGUCUACCUCACGUCAAAGUUUUACACAUUUCAAAGAAAUGCACAAACCCCCAAUGUUCAGGAGAUGCUGUUGUUUACCACAGAUGAACCAAAGAGCAAGAUGUUGUCAUGGGGCUUGAUGCACUUGGAGGAGAUUUAUGAAAACUGGGACACAUGUUAAGGAGAACAUGGGACAAAACUGGACAAAACUGGCUUAAACUGGACAGAUGUGAUGAUAAUCAUGUUUGCAGUAGAUUUUUUCUUUAGAUCAGAUUUUGGACUGGAGCACUGUUCAAAGAUGUAAAGGAGCCCAGACUAGUAGAGCUGUCUAAAACGCACAAUUACUUAAGACAAUUUAAAGAGCAUUUGACAGAUUGAUAUAUUUUACAAAUUCUGGAUUGGUUUGGUGGAUAGUACCAGUGAUAAAUAUUUAUCAGAGUUUUACAUCAGUGAAGUGACAGUUUGUGAAGAAAAAGUUGGGAAGAAAAGUAGAAAACCACAGGAAAUAGCUGCCUGUCGUCAACACAGAAAACUCCAUCCAGAAAAAAUACAGAGACAAUUUACGCACAACAAAGACAUUUAUCUGACAGUUUAAACCUUUAUAUAACAAAAUAAAGGUGUUGCCUAAAUUACUCAAUAGUUAUGAUUAAACUAAUACAAAUAAAUUACAAGUUUUGGCCCUUGUUUACAUUAUGGUUGCUAGGCAACAGUUCUACAAAUACCUCUAUGUCUGUCACAUCUGCUCAUGUCCAACCAGGAAGUAACAUUAUAAACUUUACCAAAAUUACAAAACUAGAGAAGACUAGGCAUUUUAAUAAAACCUCAAAUCUAAUGAUUUUAGAGAAAUGAGGAGUCUAAUGCACUUUAAAGGGACAAUAUGUAACAAUUUGAACAUUUGGUCAUUUAUUUAUGUUAUAAUUUGGUGUUUUGGUUCAAAACAACUAUCCAAUCAGAAAUUAAAAUAGGCCUCAUAUGACUCUUUCAUUAGUGUUGCCACGUUCAAUGCUGAAAUCCAGUUGGUUUAAACCUAAUAUGCCUCUCUGAUCUGAAUGGUCAGCAGACAAUCCUUAACCUGUGCUGGUGCAGUCUCUGCAGCUCAGUGAGUGAAUUGUGGAGGUUCUUUCACAUGAGGCCUGUCCAUAAACUGACAAUGAGAAACUCUUGGCUCUGGACAUACAGGAUCAGUUGUGAUACUAAUACCCUUUUAAAACUAAAAGUGCAGACUACAGACAGUUCCUUUAAUCAUUAAUAUCAUUGCAGACUUUUUACUCACAAAAACUACAGAGGUACAUGAGACGUGCCGAGGGGAUGAGGCGUAGGGGCGUGGCUGCUCCUUAUCUGCUACACCAUGUGUUUUAGUCACAUUCAGACUGAUCCAACAUGAAACAUGAAACAUGAGCUGACUGAAACUCAUGUCUCAUGAUCAGUGAUCAGUUUGUGUGUUUUUAAUAGGGUUCUUCAGCCAGUCCUCUGUCAGUGAAAGGGUUGUCAAAUGUGUCAAAAAUCAGACACUGAUCAAUAUUAAGCAGUAUCGUUACUAAAAAACAACUGGAUAAAAGGUGACCUUUUCCUGAACAAUUUUUAGAAGUGUAAGACCACAUGCUGUGAUGAACAAAUGCUUUUAUUUUGUGUUGAAAAUGACAAUAUUGUUUAUAUAGAGUUUUUGAAAUGAUUACUUGGCUGUCAGAAUCAGUCUUUUGUAUCAAAAUUGAGUAUCAUGACAACACUAGUCAGGAAACACAUAUGGUUUGGAGCAAGAAUUUGGACAAAGACAUUGAUUGUACUAUUUUACAUAACUUGGCCAUGACAUGAUUAUGGUCAAAAGAUAUAUCUAAAAAAAAAAAGUCUACUCUUGCAGCUUGUGCUGAGAAGAUGAUGAAGGGUUAAAAGCUCUGAGAAGUCCAGUUUUGCAGAAUAGGUCUGAUUUAAAUGCCUCUUUUGCCUUUGCUUUGCUCAAUCACUUUAAUGAUUCUACAUUAUGUUAAAAAAUGUUAUAACUUUGAAGGUUUUAUAAAAAUAUGC